ACAGCAAGAGCGCUCCGCUGCUUCGGAAUGGCGCAAGCCUCCCAAUCCAUCUUCGCGUUGCAGAGCCUUUUUUUUCUUCUUUUCUUGUCUAGCUUGCUGCACUCCUUCAGCUGAUCCUAAUCCGUGAAUCAACUUUGGUAAAAACCCCCAAGCUUAACGUCGCAUCUCUCGCAGAGCAAGUCAUUACACAACAUGGCCUCAAAGGUGAUUAUCGUCACCGGCGCCAGCCGAGGCAUUGGCCUCGCCAUCGCCCAGCAUCUCAUCAAGGAAUCCCAUAAAGUUGUCUUGGCGGCGAGAUCCAAGGGUCAGUUGGAGGCUCUGAAGGCUGCUCAUCCUGGGCAGGUUGAGUAUGUUGCUGGGGACUUGGGGGAUCUCCAGACCAUUCCCAAAAUUGCCGAGGCAGCAGUCAAGGCCUUUGGGAAAAUUGACGGACUCGUCAUCAACCACGGCGUGUUGGAGCCCGUCACCCGGCUAGCAGACUCUUCGAUCGAGGAAUGGAAAAAGGCAUAUGACAUCAACGUCUUUAGUGGGCUUGCAUUGGUCCAAGCCUCUCUGCCUGAGCUGCGCAAGUCCAAGGGCUGCGUCCUCUGGGUGUCCUCCGGCGCGGCCACUGGCGCAUACGCCGCAUGGGGAGCCUAUGGUACAUCCAAGGCCGCCAUGAACCAUCUCUCUGCACACUUGGCAGUGGAGGAGCCUGACAUCACCAGCAUCGCCAUGAGCCCUGGCCGCGUCGACACUGCCAUGCAAAAGGUCAUCCGUGACACGGGAGCCAGGCACAUGGCCGACAAGGACCACACCUCCUUCGUGUCUGCUUUUGACAAGGGAGAGCUGUUCAAGCCUGAGCAGCCUGGCAACGUCAUGGCACGGUUCGUCGUUAAGCCUCAGCACGACCUCUCGGGCAAAUACUUCAAGUGGCAAGCUGGAGAGCUUUCGGCGUAUCAUGACGCAGAGUAAGAUAGUUCACUAGGAAUU